UAAAAAAAUAUAAAGUGGAAGCCAGUCCUUCUGCCGCCAUUUCACGGGAAAGAAACGCGGAAAACAACACGCUGGGGACACAAUAUUGAACCAUUGCAUUGCUGCCGAGAACAAAGCUAUUGAAUAGUUGAACAGAAUCGUGUAUUUAGUCAACGGCGUAGUCAGAUAGCUCAAUUCGGCUGGUCUAAAAUCCUAAUUUGGAGCAAAAAUGAGCUACGGAAGGCCACCGCCCGACGUGGAGGGAAUGACCUCCCUCAAAGUAGACAAUCUGACGUAUCGGACGUCACCCGAGACUUUGCGCCGUGUGUUUGAAAAGUACGGUCGGGUAGGCGAUGUUUAUAUCCCCCGUGACAGGUACACCAAGGAAAGCCGUGGCUUUGCCUUCGUGCGUUUCCACGACAACAGGGACGCCGAAGACGCGAUGGAUGCAAUGGACGGUGCCCUGCUCGACGGACGCGAGCUCCGGGUGCAGAUGGCGCGCUAUGGCCGCCCACCUGAUUCCCACUACGGCCGAAGAGGGGGCGGCGGUGCGCCCCGUAGACAUGGGGGUUCCGGUAGAAGAAGCAGGAGCCGCUCGGGUAGUCCGAGACGCCGCAGACGCAGCCGUUCCCGGAGCAGAAGCCGCUCCCGAAGCCGCUCUCGCUACAGCCGUUCCAGGUCCAGGUCUUACUCCAGAUCAAGGUCCAAGUCCAGGAGCCAGAGGAGAAGCAAGUCAAAGUCUGCUUCCAGACAGCGUUCCCGCUCAAAGUCCAAGUCCAAGUCCAGGAGUCGAACCCCGCCAUCCAACGUGGGUUCGAAGUCCCGGUCCAGGUCCAAGAGCAGGCCCAAAUCUCCAGAGGAUAAUGGCACAGAGUCUUAACCCAAUCCCGGGAACCAGACGCUGCGGAACCCCGUUUGCAAAGAGGAGUUGGGGGUGUGGCAGUGUGAGGCAGUUAGUGUGUGGCCGGCCCGUGUGACCUGCCUGGUGGCUGCUGAGGGCGCUGCAGGCAUUGGCAGUAAAGGAGCAGGUCACCAUGGCAACGUUGGCUGCUAAAACGGGAGCAGGUCGCCAUGGCGGCGGUGGGUGCCGGUCAGUUGGUGUGUGAGGUGAUGGUGGCGAGGUGCGGGCGCUGGACCACAGUCCCAGAGGUACAGGGCAGCUGUACCUGAGGCUGUGGUCCUCCUGCUACUUGCAGAGGGAGCGGAGUCCCCAAGGUUUGUUUAUCUAAUAACAGCUGUGUGUCGGCCCCAGGGCCCCCUUUCAAGAGGUAGGGUAUUUGAGAAGGGGGGCCUUGGGGAAGGUGACCGGAAAUGCUAAUGUUACUGUCGGUGCAGUUGGCAUUUCUAGAAAUGCCCCACCAAAUCUGCGACACCAUGUCCAACUCUACUACGGGGUUUCAACUAUUACGAUCAAGCCUGUAAAGUCCCAGUAGUCAAGACUAGCUGAGCGUGUAGGGCUGAGUCCGACGGUGCGUCUCAUCGUUAUUAAUCCCGUCCAUUCUCUUUCAGAUCUCGGAGUGGCUGAAGUUCACCAGCACCAGGAGCCCGGACUGAGCCUCUGGACCGCACUGUUCACCCCCUGAUUCCAGACCAAAAGGUCAUUGGUCUGAACCCCAAUGUUUAAAAGAGUUUCAUUUUCGUCCAAACUGUGUUGUGAUUUGCUGUGUGCUAACUGUUUAGGGGUGAGCCAUUUAGAAGAAGUGUUUGGUGAGGCAGCUCUCCCGUUUUUUUUCCCUUUUCAUUACUAGUGAUUGCAUUUGUGUUGCGUCCUCGCUCGCUUUUCUUUACCCCCCCCGCAUCGCAGCUCUUAUUUUAAUCCAUGUUUCGAAACCCCCUUUUACAGACGGGUGUUCAAGUUUGUUCAUUUUCUUGCUCAAUGUAGUUCAGCUAGACAUGGACUGACCUGUCAAUAGGAGCCGACCAACUCUGUAACAUGGCCGCGUUGUGUAACGGCGUGCCGAGCAGAGACCACCCCGUGUACAGGGCACUCGCUCGCUAGGGACUUUUUAGUUUUUUGCUCCUCCAGCACAGCCCUUUUUUCCUCUCCCGGUACCUUCCUGUGACUCUAACACUCUCUCCUGUGUAUCUUUUGUGCACUAGGCGCAGUUGUGUAGCAGUUGAGUAAUGCUGGUUAGCUGGUAGAGGUGAUGCGGGGCAGUGCGCCGGUUUGGCGUGUUGCGGUGCGCCGGUUUGGCGUGUUGCGGUGCAGGGCGCCCCCCCGCCUGGGGCUCCACCCUCCGUUGCCGGUUUGUAAGGUCACAGGUGUGGCAAAAUUGUGUGCCCCUCAUCCGCUCAUCUACUUCCUGUCAUGUGACUUCUCUCCCCAUCCCUCCUGUGUACACAUUCUUGUCCUCCUUUCCUCCCUCCUUUGCCCCCCCCGUCCUCCCUUCUGCGGAGCUGUUUUCUCCCUCCCUAAAGGUAGCUGUUGGAGUCUAGAUGGACUCUAGUAAAUCGUGGGAAGGCCAGUCUGUUAAGUAGGGGUUGCAUUAUUUUGUGAAGUCCUCCAUUGUCUUGUAAUUGCUUCUGCUUAAUGACAAUAAAAUAUUUGAUAUUCAA